CCCCCUUCCUGGUGACUGCUUUUAAAGGUGUGUGCUGCCUUCCUGAUUGUGGAGGAAAAUGCCGGUCCGGAAGCAAGAUACCCAGAGAGCAUUGCACCUUUUGGAAGAGUAUCGUUUGAAACUAAGCCAAACUGAAGACAGACAUCUCAGAAGUUCCAUAGAACGGGUUAUUAACAUAUUCCAGAGCAACCUCUUUCAGGCUUUAAUAGAUAUUCAAGAAUUUUAUGAAGUGACCUUACUGGAUAAUCCAAAAUGUGUAGAUCGUUCCAAGCAGUCUGAACCAAUCCAGCCUGUGAAUACUUGGGAAAUCUCUAGCCUUCCAAGCACUACUGUGACUUCAGAAACUCUGCCAAGCAGCCUUAGUCCUAGUGUAGAGAAAUACCGAUAUCAGGAUGAAGAUACACCUCCUGCAGAGCACCUGUCCCCGCAGAUAACCAAUGAGGCACUCGGUCCAGAGCUCGUCCAUGUCUCAGAGAAGAACCUGUCGGAAAUUGAGAAUGUGCAUGGAUUUGUUUCUCAUGCUCAUAUUUCUCCAGUGAAGCCAACAGAAGCUGUUCCUCCCUCUUCUCCCACUGUCCCUGUGAUCCCUGUCCUGCCAGUCCCUGCUGAGAAUACUGUCAUCCCACCCACCACACCACAGGCAAAUCCUCCUCCAGUACUGGUCAACACAGAGAGCUUAGAGACACCAACUUAUGUUAAUGGUACUGAUGCAGAUUAUGAGUAUGAAGAAAUCACACUUGAAAGGGGAAAUUCAGGGCUUGGUUUCAGUAUUGCAGGGGGUACAGACAACCCGCACAUUGGAGAUGAUUCAAGUAUUUUCAUUACAAAAAUUAUCACAGGGGGAGCAGCUGCACAAGAUGGAAGAUUGCGGGUCAAUGACUGUAUUUUACGGGUAAAUGAAGUAGAUGUUCGUGAUGUAACACACAGCAAAGCAGUUGAAGCAUUGAAAGAAGCAGGCUCUAUUGUACACUUAUAUGUUAAAAGACGGAAACCAGUAUCAGAAAAAAUAAUGGAAAUAAAGCUCAUUAAGGGUCCUAAAGCAGGUCUUGGGUUCAGCAUUGCUGGAGGUGUUGGAAAUCAGCAUAUUCCUGGGGAUAAUAGCAUUUAUGUCACCAAAAUAAUCGAAGGAGGUGCAGCACAUAAGGAUGGCAAACUUCAGAUUGGAGAUAAACUUCUAGCAGUGAAUAGUGUGUGUUUGGAAGAAGUUACUCACGAGGAAGCAGUAACUGCCUUAAAGAAUACAUCUGAUUUUGUGUACUUGAAAGUGGCAAAACCCACAAGUAUGUAUAUGAAUGAUGGCUAUGCACCACCUGAUAUCACUAAUUCUUCUUCUCAGCCUGUUGACAACCAUGUUAGCCCAUCUUCCUACUUGGGCCAGACGCCCACAUCACCAGCCAGAUACUCACCUGUUUCUAAAGGAAUGCUUGGAGAUGAUGAAAUUACAAGGGAACCUAGAAAAGUUGUUCUUCAUCGUGGCUCAACAGGCCUUGGUUUCAACAUUGUAGGAGGUGAAGAUGGAGAAGGAAUAUUUAUUUCCUUUAUCUUGGCUGGAGGACCUGCUGAUCUAAGUGGAGAGCUCAGAAAAGGAGAUCGUAUUAUAUCGGUAAACAGUGUUGACCUCAGAGCUGCCAGUCAUGAGCAAGCAGCAGCUGCAUUGAAGAAUGCAGGCCAAGCUGUCACAAUUGUUGCACAGUAUCGACCGGAAGAAUACAGUCGUUUUGAAGCUAAAAUACAUGACUUACGGGAGCAGAUGAUGAAUAGUAGCAUUAGCUCAGGGUCAGGUUCUCUUCGAACUAGCCAGAAGCGAUCUCUCUAUGUCAGAGCCCUUUUUGAUUAUGACAAGACUAAAGACAGCGGCCUUCCCAGUCAGGGAUUGAACUUCAAAUUUGGAGAUAUCCUGCAUGUUAUUAAUGCUUCUGAUGACGAAUGGUGGCAAGCCAGGCAGGUUACACCAGAUGGAGAAAGUGAUGAAGUUGGAGUGAUUCCCAGUAAACGCAGGGUUGAGAAGAAAGAACGAGCCCGGUUGAAAACAGUAAAGUUCAAUUCUAAAACAAGAGGAGAUAAAGGGCAGUCAUUCAAUGACAAGCGUAAAAAGAACCUCUUUUCCCGAAAAUUCCCCUUCUACAAGAACAAGGACCAGAGUGAGCAGGAAACAAGUGAUGCUGACCAGCAUGUAACUUCUAAUGCCAGCGAUAGUGAAAGUAGUUACCGUGGUCAAGAAGAGUAUGUCUUAUCUUAUGAACCAGUGAAUCAACAAGAAGUGAAUUAUACUCGACCAGUGAUCAUAUUGGGACCUAUGAAAGACAGGAUAAAUGAUGACUUGAUCUCAGAAUUUCCUGACAAGUUUGGAUCCUGUGUACCUCAUACAACUAGACCAAAACGAGAUUAUGAAGUAGAUGGAAGAGAUUAUCAUUUUGUGACUUCAAGAGAACAGAUGGAAAAAGACAUCCAGGAACAUAAAUUCAUUGAAGCUGGCCAAUAUAACAACCACCUGUAUGGAACAAGUGUUCAGUCUGUGCGAGAAGUAGCAGAAAAGGGCAAGCACUGUAUUCUUGAUGUAUCCGGAAAUGCCAUAAAGAGAUUACAAAUUGCACAACUUUACCCAAUCUCCAUUUUUAUUAAACCCAAAUCCAUGGAAAAUAUUAUGGAAAUGAAUAAACGUCUAACAGAAGAACAAGCCAGAAAAACAUUUGAGAGAGCCAUGAAACUGGAGCAAGAGUUCACUGAACAUUUCACAGCUAUCGUGCAGGGAGAUACGCUGGAAGACAUUUACAACCAGGUGAAGCAGAUCAUAGAGGAGCAGUCUGGCCCUUACAUCUGGGUUCCAGCCAAAGAAAAGCUAUGAAGAAGGCGUGUGUCUGCUUCUCUCCCGCCGUCCGUCUCCUGCUCUUCGACACUUCUUUGCCUUUCCUCUGGAGUUCGUCUUCUGGACUCCUUUCAUGUCGAAUCAUGUCCCACUCAUCAUGGUCUGCAGUUGCACUUAAUUUUGACAAAUAGUGUCUCCUUCAAGUUGCAUCGUCUGUAUUAUUCUGUCAUUGUUGGUUUGUGGCCAUUUUUCGGAACUGAAGUUGGAAUGGCCUGACCAGCUAUUAAGGGUUUGGGGAGAUACGGAAAUUGUGGUAAAAUUCCUUAAUGUUUAAGGGAAAGUAAAUUUAAGAGAUUUUCAGAAAAGCUUUAUAUACCUUCUUUUCAAAUUUCAAUAUAAAUGAAAGAAAAGUUGUUUAAUCAGUGAUUUCGUAGACUUUGAGCAACUAUGCACGUUUAACUUUAAUAGCAUGGUUUGGCCAAUGUAUUAGCUAUCAAGUCCUUUUCCCAAUUGACUGCUCUUAUCAAAGUGAUUUCCCUGUAGGCAUAAAAAAAAAUGGGUUUUUAAUUUCAAAAUUAAUGUCUGAGUUAGCUUUCAUAACUUCACAAGGGAUAUUCAUUUUUCAUAAGAGUUCUUAAAGUCUUCUGUUGUUUGAGGUUUUAUUUCCCAGUACAUUUAUCAGAAAUAACAAUGUUCAACCGUUUUUAAUCUACUUGUGCAACACUAUUUAUAGUGUCCUACAAAAGUUGUUCAUAGUUAGCAAUCAUCACAUUUUCUGAAUUGAGGACAUGUCUAGGUGCUAAGGGAACUCACCUUUUACACAGAAGGUUGAGAAAAUCUCAUAACCGCAGACAUUACAGUGGUGAUAUAGUAAUUACUAUGGCAAUGGAAAAAAAAAGUCCAGUUCAUAGCCUAAAACUUUAAAUGUAUUCUUAAGGGUCAGAUUUUAAUGAAUAUUUUACCCACAAUAACUGCCUAUUUUGUUAUAAUAAAAUAUAUAAAUAAAUAUAUAUAAAACUUUCUUUAAACUCUGUAACUAUGGGAAUUAUUUUCUUUACAUAGUUGCACACACACACACAUAUAUAUAUAUUUAAAAUAUUUUUUUUCUUUUGCCACCUACUCCUUUUUGUUUGGUUUUUUAAAUUAAAUAUGAAUUGAUUAGACCUCUCUUCAAUCAUAUGAACUGACAAUAGGAGUACGGUGGUUGUGAGGAGAAACCUCUAGGGAAAUUAGGUUACCAGUAAAAGUUCGGGCAUGUUCUCCUCUUUUCUACAGAAGUUUGCAAAAGGUUCCUGGGUUGUCAUUUGUUUAUUUUUGUCAUUGUUCUUGUCAUUAGGUUUGAUUUUUGGCCCUUUGCCUUCCUUCUAGUAGUGUUCCUUGCACUGAUUGGAAACAGGCUAAAAGCUCCAUUUCUGUGUGAGUUUUCUCCUUAGACACCAUUUGUCUCAUGUGGCUGCUCUGCCCCAGGGUUACACAGGUACUCCCGGAGAGCAGUAGCGACAGGCAGCAGUGACUUCAGAAAUCCGUUUCUCCAGUCCUUUACAUCGGUAACAGCAUUUGGCUUCCCGUUGCUCCUUGGAAUUGUUUAUUAAGUAUGUGUUUUUGACAGCCUCCUCGUCACAAUUUCUUAAAUGAGUACUGGUUUGUAAAGAAUUAUUAACAUUAUCCAUUCCAUUUAUGAGAAAGAGGAGAACAGCUAAUAAACUUUAUUGUAAAAUCCA